AUGGAUCUGGAUCUGGAUCCAGGUCUGCAGGAGGUAGGGAUGGCACAAAUUCGGGAUGGAGCUCGAGUUCAUGGCGACGACGAUGAAGAUCUCGUCUCCGAUGCCGACUCAGAUGAAAUGGAGCUGCGAGGGGACAUCGCAAAGUUUGAUCAGUCCGUUCGAGAGUUUCUCUCCUCCCACCACGGUGGUGGUGGUGGUGACAACGGCGGCGGCGGCGGCGCUAUUGACGAUCAUGAUGAAGGCAGUUCCGCCCGGCCUCUACCUAUCUCGAAAAACAGGAACACUCAUCGAGGGGGCAUUCGAGGGCCCCGGAAGGCUGCCGAGCCUCGAGGUGACAUUAAGCUCCGUCUUGCAGGUGUCAACCAGGCCUUCAUGAGCGGCGAUUAUGCCCGCGCGCAGAAUCUUGUCUUCGAGAUCAUCAGAAUCAACGCCGAAACCCACCAAGCUUGGACUGUCCUGGCAUCCAUAUUCCGAGAGGAGGGCCUCAAUGAUAAAGCCUUGAUGGCUAUGGUUAUUGCUGCCCAUCUGCGGCCCAAAGAUUUUGCAGCCUGGAUGAAUUGUGCGUCCUUUGCCAUGAGCCUUGCUGAGGCUGGCCAGGAGGGCGCGCUUAAAACAGCACUCAUGUGCUAUUCGUCUGCGAUCAAAGCUCAACCGACCAGCCUCGAUGCGAGACUGGGGAGGGCUGAAGCUAGCCAUCGUCAGGGAUUCCUAUCCCAAGCCAUCACCGAAUUCUCUUACGUCAUCGAGCGCCGACCGCUGGAUAUAGAUGUCGUGAGAAGGUUGGCCGAGGCCUGCGUUGACUCUGGCGGCAUGGAAGACCUCCAAAAGGCCGUUUCGGCAUACAAAACAUACUUUGCGCAUGCACGAACAGCAGACCGCAAUGUGGAGAGGGAGCUUUCGUGGCAUGAUGUCGGCAUAUACGUUGAACUGUUUGCUUGCGCCGGAGACUUUACCAAUGCCAUCGCGGAGCUCAAGUCACUUUCGCGUUGGUUACUUGGACGACAGGAUGAUCACAAGUGGGAUGACUGUGUUGACGACAGAGAAUGGGAUCGCGAUCACGGACGUCGUAAUCUAUUCCCUUCGUUCGAGACUGCUGCCCACGACCUGUAUGCUUAUGGUCUAGGGCUGCCUCUGGAGUUCAGGGCUCGUCUCGCGCUAUACCGGCUGAAGAUCCAGGACGAGGAAGAAUCGAACGGGCACCUUCAAUGGUUAGACCCAACCGAAUCUGCCACUGCUACCGCCAUUGAAAACUUUCCCUACCUGAUUCGUGAUAUUGCCGAUGAACUCUUCACCGUUCAGCGGUAUUCCGAGGCGCUCGACUUUUACGAACUCCUUCGACAGUCCGCCUACGGUCAAGACGCCACUUUGCUGCUGCAUCUUGGCCAGUGCUACCUCACAAAGUCUGAUCUCGUGGCGGCGGAAGAUUGCUUCCUUGUGGCCAUCGAGGUUGACGAAAACAACAUUGAUGCUCGUAUUGAGCUGGCCAGAAUAUACGAAAAGGCCAAGGAAGAGGAGGAAGCCCUGAUCCUUGUUACAGAAGCCAUUGCUCUCCAGGGCAUCACUGAUGGCAGUAAUCAAUUUGGCGAUGGUAUGGGAGACCUCAGCGGCGAUAGGGGCCGGUCUGCCACAGGGGCCCGCGCUUCUGCCUUGGCUAAUGGCAGCAAACCGCGUCGUAAGAGGGAGACAAAGCGCCAACCAGCCAACAGCGGGAUUGUUCGACCAAGAUACCGCCCCAAAAGACUGGUCGCUCCAGAUCAGCGCAUGCAAGAAGAACGUGCUCGGGCAGAUGAGCUCACAAGGCGUUACGAAAUUGUGCGCAAUCUGAAGAAAGACAUCCAGACCGGGGACCAUUCAUUGAUACCGACAUGGAUGGCCGCUGCUGGCGAGCUCGUGGGCGAGUUCAGAUCCUUCAGGAAAUUCUACCCUUGGGACAAGUAUCUCAAGUUCCUCGGUGCUGCCAACGAUGUAGUGUUCAGUGCUUCCUUGAGAACACAGCCAGGUCUCUCUGAACUGGCAGAACGACUCUCGAAAAACAUGGCUCCGUCACUCUCCGACGACAAGCGGAUGAAUGUCGCGUAUGAAGAUGAUGGCUAUCGCGGUAUUCCUUUUGGCGAAUGGCUCGAACUAUUCCUCGACUACGCCAUCAGUCUGGCGCUCGCCAACCGCGCAGAGGAGGCAUACCAGGUUUGCGAAGCGGCCCGAGACUCCAUUGUUUUUGUCAACUCUAAAGAUUACAUGUUCAUGAUUCAUGUAGCAUGGGCUGCUUGUGCGAUAUAUCUUUCUGACGAGGAGAUGUGCGUGGCUGUUGCCAGGUUCUUCAUGAAGGUCCGACAACUGGACUCGGAUUCGUACCGCAUGUUUGCCGCCUUAUGCAGAUUGUGUCAAUCCCCAGCUUCAUGGUACAAUUCAGGACCCGCCCAGAAGUACAUUCUGCGCCAAAUCAAGAUCAUCGAUGCCUCUCACUUGGCCACGACACGUACAGAGCGCGGUCAUGAGAGUGCGGUGGGGGAACGGGCAGGCCUUGCGGAGGCCAAACAGCUCGAUACUUGCCUGCUAAUGCUCUACGGACACAUCUUGUUCACAUCGACGAGCUACACAUUCGCAUUAAACGAGGAAGAAGUUGGACCGACGGCUGACCCCAGCAAACGCAUGACAGAUUACUUCCUCCGAGCGCGAACACUGGACCCCCUGAAUCCCAUGAUCAACCUCAGCGUAGGACUGGGAUACAUACACCACGCACUUAAAAGGCAAGCAGACAAUCGACAAUACCUCAUCAUGCAAGGGUUCGCCUGUGUGUUUGAGUUCUGCCACUCAAAGCUUUCCGGGACACCGGACGAGAGGAGGGAGGCGUUCUUUGGAGUGGCCAGAACAUUCCAUAUGCUUGGUUUACAUCACCUGGCGCUAGAAUGGUAUCGAAAAGUAGCCGCUUCAGAGGGCGCAAAAGGCUCUGAAGGCCCCGAUGUGGCCGAGCAGCAGGACAGCCCCAGCAGCCGGGAUGUCAUAUUGAGCGCUGCUUAUAAUGAGUACGCACUCUUCAUUAGCAGUGGAACCGCCGACGAACUGGAGAGAUCUGUCUUGCCUCGGUUGGUGCUCUAG